AUUUUGUUAUACAUGUAGAAGUACCUUCGAUCGUCAACCGUUAGUAGCAUGGAGUUUUUGCUGCGUUUUCCCCUACCCCUCUCGCCUGUUUGGUGCACGAAAUACAAUUUUAAUUGCAAUAUUGCCUGGUUUUUCUAAACAACGAAAUACCCGGACUUCACCCUUUUGCCGGUUUUGGUGAAUUUUUCCUGGCAAGGUGACAGUCACGAAAUGUGCUUCUCAGUGAAUUAUAAUCUCCUUCUUUUGUCCUAAUAUUUAUUUUAGUAAUGAUAGGCAAUGCCAAGAAAUAGCCGUGCAAAACGAUGAAAAUUACCAGACAAUUUGGAACAAUAUUGAUUGAGGUAUCAAACUCAAUUAUAUUCCUGGAACGUCCCGAUAAUGGAAAUACCAAUAGCAUGCUUGUAUCACGAUUGCGCUUUUUUCAUAAGAACCAGUGAAUUGCAGUUCAGGCUGGCUGUUCCUUUUUUUCUCUCGAGAAUUUAAACUCGUCGUUUUUGGGAUAACUUUUCAAUUUCUUUAAGGAAGUUUCACAACAUUGUUAGCCCCUCCCCCCUUCUCCCGAGAAAAUAAAAGUUUUUGACACCCUCAAACCGUGAUAUGUUCCGUCGUUUGGUACAGCGUGCACAAUUUUUAUUUUUCCCUUUAAUAACGAAUUUGAUAACGGGCAUUGUACACAGCCCGUAAUAAACCAUCACUAAUUUGUUUUUUUUGCAUUAGUAAAAGUGUGCGGCGGACCAGUAAACCCGUUCUGUUCAUUCAUCGUUUGCUUAUUUCUCAUUAGGGCAACCAAAAAUUUCUAGAACCAUUAAAGUUUUAUAAAGCAUCAAUUGAGCCUCGUGUUUGAAAAGUUUGCUUUAAUAAAUGGACCGACAAGCUGCCCACAGCGAUAAAAAGAUCCGGUCUAGGAGCUGCUGGGCUCUACCACAGAAUAGGAAUUAGGCGGAAGGGGAACUUUUGCCCAUCAAGAAAAGCCUGAAAAUUCUAGCGACUGCUUUGGGAAAUUUUUUAAAAUAAAGAAAGCAAAACACUUUAUAGAGACGAAAUGCCCAAUGAAUAUAAACAAUUUAAGUUAUAUAUCAUAGUUCCUCUACUAUCUGGUAAAUGAAUGAUAUUUUAUCAUUGCGUAGUUCGUCUAAUGAAAUCGAGGUUAAAAGGGAAUGAAAUAUUAUAGAUCACUCAGGCUUCAAAAGCAACAAAGGAACCAACGAGAGAUGCCCUUCUGCCUUUUUCCUAUUUUGUGGCUUACUCUUUACCGUGAUGCUUAGAUAUCAGCUGGGCGCAGUGACGGGGCGGGGGGCAUGUUGCUUCAAAGGCACCAAAUUUUUUUCAUAAAGUUUCGGAAGUUUUGCUACUGUGUCGAGAUUUGUUGAAAAAUUUGAGCACUAGCCCCAUACCUACACCCCCGUAAAAUUAACUCUCACUCUGCCCCUGGAUGUCAGUUGCCUAGUCUGCAUUUUGUGAAGCUUAUCCUUUGGUAUGGGCAAAUGACCCAGAUUAUGUAGCAAAAAAAUGACGGUUUUGUUGAGGAUGUAUUUGCAAAGAAUUAAUCAGUCUGUGAAUAGUGGGAGUGAUUCAGAGCUUUGUUAGAAUAAGCCCAUAAUAUACCAAAGAUCAUAUUUAUUGGCAACCAUUCCAUGUUGGUAAAAAAAGAUUAGCUGCGACCACCUUUUCUACCCUGAUUAUAUUUUUGAGGUUUCUGGCUUGGUUUGCCACCAUAUAAUAAAAAAAACGAUCGGCAUUUAGGGCGCAAAAUCUGAUCCAAAAUCAUCAUCUGCACAUUUGUUUUUGGGAGUAGCGGCCACUGUACCAUUUACGGUAAGUCAGGAAUUCACGGUCUCCUUCUCUGAGUUCCCAACAUUGUAGCUGAUUGAAAAACAGCCCUAUGAACAGAUCCUACUAGAAAAUGCCAGAAGUUUCUACUGCAUUUUCUACUGCCUUUGGUCCUAAAAUAUUUUGGGAAAAGAACUUUUGAAUUCUAGAAUUUCAAAGCUUAAAAGUGGGAGCAGUUUCUCAAAGAGCGUAAGCGCAGAGCUGCCCCUUUUUGUGAGAUGAAAUGGCCACAAAGAUGCGAUUGACAAACGAAAAAAUGCUAUUUCAUCACACUGUUUCAAAGUAAAAGCAGUGAGUUUACGUAGAUAUUCUCAUAAAAUUGCAGUAGCAGGCUUAAUUCCUUGUUAACAAAUUCGUCCCGGAAUCUUUAUGCUGGAUCUGAAAUACACAUGAGACUGGCGAUUUGUUUCUGUUGCAGAUGUUCUUUUAUUGUUUCUGUAGUUGCGCUAUGUUUUAUAAAAUUGUAAGAUUCAGGGCCAUUUCAGCCCAAAAAGCUAUUUUAGCAAAAACAAUGGUCUUGUUACGUUUGAAAGAACGAGAACAUCAAGGGGUUGAGAUUCCAGUACCGGGACACCUCACCUGAGCCAGGAAUCAAGCGGCCAUUCAGUCAGGGGGGUUGUUACAGGAUUGAUGGCUAGCUCCGUAAGCUAUCUUUGAAUCUAUGACCACUAAUCAUCGGGUAAUUGAUUGUUCAGGUAGCUUUGGCCAAACCAAAGUGGCUUCAACAAGUCAAUGCAGAAUCAUAUCAACAAAGUUCGCAAUAGGACUGAACAACGAUCCUCCCAACUCAAAAUUUAUAUAAAGACACUGUAAGAUGUGCUAAAAAAGUGCUUGAGUUAAUCUUUACCGCCACUGGACCAAACCUAGCAAUUGCAAAUGAAAUAUUUCAGUCUGAUAACUACUUUCAUUACCUGGAGAAAUUGGCUGAACUCCAAAUUGGUUGUAGAGGAAAUUGUCCAUUAGCAUUGGUCUAUAGCUCGUCUAUAGGACAAAAAGUUUUUCCAAGCAUUGUGCAAAUCGUCAGCAUUACCCCCACCACGGCCACCAGGGGUGUUGUGGCUACGCGGGACACCGGGAAAUUUUCCCGGUGGGCCCCUUUAAAGUAAGUUUGUAAAAGCCCGGAAAAUAUUUAAUAUGAAUAAAAUCCUUGAUGAGAAAACUCCUCACUUGCAUGUAGAUUCAAGUUCACAGUUCAGAAUCAGAGGAGGUCAACAUAUACAAACAGACAAACAAGCCCCUGUGAAAGAGAUGCGUGGAAUAUAAACAGGGCGACGUAAAUUCCAACAUCUUUAUAAUGUUUAAGCAUAAUUAACAUAAUUAGCAUAAUGAAUAUACGAAUGCUGUCAAUGUAUUUUGAGUUACUUGAUUGAAGAACCGAUUAGAAUCAAGAACAUAUUUUCUAUGGUCUAUAUCUAUGACGAUAUACAGAACACAAUAAUGGCGACGAGGAUACUUUACUAUUAGCAAAUACGUCUAACUGUCUUAUACAGUUAUGGCUGCUCGCCUCGAUUUACCUCCGUUACCACCGUUCGAUGCGUACACUGAUCCUAGCUCAGUAGGCCAGAGAUGGAAAUCUUGGAGACGAAGAUUUCAAACAUACCUAGCUGCAAUUGAUGUUACAAGUCCAGCGCAGCAAAGAGCCCUACUACUCUACCAAGUUGGUCAAGACACACAGGACAUUUUUGAUACAAUUCCGAACAAUGGUGAAGAUGAUGACUAUGAGACAGCUUUGGAGAAACUAGAUGAAUAUUUUCUCCCUAAGAAAAACAUUGAUUUUGAAAUAUUUCAAUUCAGAAAAGCAACGCAAAACCGUGGUGAAACAAUUGAUCAAUUUGCGACACGUCUGAGAAAGCUGGCUGCAAAUUGCGAAUUUAGGAAUGUGGACACAGAAAUCAAGUCCAUGAUUAUUCAGCACUGCCUCUCGACGCGUCUCCGCCGUUACGCGCUUAGAGAAGACACGCUCACCCUCGAUGCCUUGCUGACAAAAGCACGCGCACUCGAAGUUAGUGAAGCACAAGCCAUCGAUAUGGAGCAAAAUCUCCUAUUAGUAGAGCCUCUACACUCAAGGGACACAGCAAAUUUUGUGACGAGAAACCGUGCCGUGCAACAAAAGCCGCACAGGCCGCAAGCCCAAAAUCGCCGUCCAACUGGAAAAUGUCGCAACUGUGGAUAUACAUGGCCCCACACUAAAAGUCCCUGCCCUGCACAAGGAAAACAAUGCAAUACUUGUGGCAAGAACAAUCAUUUUUCCAAAGUUUGCCGAGCAAAGCAAUUUCCACCAAAGCAACGCCCAUCUCAAGGUAAAAAUAUCCGCCAGAUAAGCCAAGCUUCCGCUCCACCGCAAAGCGAAAGCGACGAUGAGUAUCUUUUUACGUUGACAACAAAGAAAAAUAAAUCUCCAGCAGUGGAAGUCAAAAUCAAUAAUUGUCCAGUACAGAUGAUACUGGAUACUGGCGCCUCCACGAACAUUGUGGAUCAGGCAACUUAUAACAAACUUGCCGCUAAGGGUAAAAUUCGUUUACAAAAAUCCGAUGCCUCUCUAUUUGCCUAUAACAUGGACACGCCUCUGAAAACCCUUGGAAAAUUUACCGCGACUUUUGAGUCCAAGCACAAAGUUACUGUUGAUGAUAUUCAUGUUAUUUCUGGAAAUGCAGGAUGCUUACUUAGCUACAAAACCGCCAGCAAUUUGAUGUUAAUAACGCUGCACAUAAACACUGUGGAUAAUUGCCCGCUCAACAGUGAAUACAUCGCCGCACGCUAUCCCCAGAUUUUUGAUGGUAUUGGAAAAUUAAAAGACUUUGAAGUCAAAUUACAUAUUGAUGAAACAGUGCCCCCUGUCGCACAAAACGCGCGGAGAAUUCCAUUUCACAUGAGACAGAAAGUCGCCGCUGCGUUACAAGAAUUAGAAGCGCAGGACAUUAUUGAACCCGUUGAAGGACCAACGCCCUAUGUCUCACCAAUUGUUGUUAUCCCAAAGAAAGAUGGAAAAGUACGAAUUUGCGUGGACAUGAGAAUGCCGAAUCGCGCGAUACAACGCGAACGUCACCAAAGUCCUACAGUUGAUGAUUUGAUACACGCCCUCAACGGAGCACAAUUGUUUUCCAAACUUGACCUUCGGUCUGGGUAUCAUCAGCUAACACUUGCCCCCGAAAGCAGAUAUGUCACGACUUUCGCAACGCACAAAGGUCUGCGUCGCUACAAAAGAUUAAAUUUUGGCACAAAUUCAGCAGGAGAACUAUUCCAACGUGUCAUUAGUGAUCAAAUAAGAGAUAUUCCUGGAGCGAUUAACAUAAGCGAUGACGUAAUUAUUUAUGGAAAAACUCCAGAAGAACACAACAAUGCACUGAAAGCUGUCAUCGAGAAGUUCAUAAAAGUCGGACUAACUCUGAAUCGCGAGAAAUGUCUGUUCGCUCAGAAGUCUUUGACUUUCUUCGGUUUCGUCUUUUCCGACAAAGGUGUUUCCGCAGAUCCGGAAAAAGUGAAGUCCAUCCACAAUGCACCAGCACCACAAUCAGCUAGCGAAGUCCGCAGUUUCCUUGGAAUGGCUACAUAUUGUGCAAAGUUCAUUCCGCGUUUUAGUGAUCUAACACACUCAUUACGUGAACUUACCAAGAAAAACACGCCAUUCCGCUGGUCAGAAAAACAACAACAAGAUUUUGACGCAUUAAAGAAAGCCUUGACAAGUCACACUGUCGUAGCAUACUUCGAUCCACACAAAGAGACGGAAGUCAUCACCGAUGCAUCGCCUGUAGGCCUCUCUGCAAUAUUAUCGCAACUUUCGCCAACCAAACAAAGACGAGUAGUUGCAUAUGUUAGCAGAGCCUUGACACCUACAGAACGUCGAUAUUCACAGACAGAACGUGAAGCCCUAGGAAUUGUUUGGGCAGUUGAAAGACUACACACGUAUUUGUAUGGAGGAUCAUUCAAGUUGUACACAGACUGUAAACCGAUUGAAAUGAUCUUAAACAAUCCGAAAUCCAACCCUCCAGCUCGAAUCGCACGAUGGAACUUACGCCUGCAAGAAUAUAACUUUGAUGUUAUACACACAAAGGGACAAGAUAACCCAUCAGAUUUCUUAUCGCGACACCCAAUUCAGGAUACAACUUUGCAUAAUAACAAUGCAGAAGACUACGUCAAUUUUCUAUCGCAACAAUCCGUUCCGAAAGCAAUGACACUUUCUGAGAUCGCCACCGCCACUUGCAACGAUGCAACGCUUCAAUGUGUUAUUUCAAACAUUCGCGAUACAAACUGGCAAGAUAUUUAUGAUAAAACUCGCACGUUACCAGAGAAUAUCAACAGAGCAGAACUCCUACAAUUUCAUAAAAUUCGUCAGGAAUUAACUGUCACAGAUUCGAACAUAGUAUUACGAGAUACUCGUAUUGUUUUACCGAAUUCACUUCGUAUUCAAGCAAUCAACAUUGCACAUGAAGGUCAUCAAGGCCUAGUAAAGACGAAAAAGCUGCUACGUACCAAGAUAUGGUUUCCUGGUAUUGAUGAACGUACGGAAAAUAUUAUCAAACAUUGCUUAGCCUGCCAAGCAACUGGACCAGCCGCGCGUCCAGAACCGUUGAAAAUGACAAAAUUACCGCCCGCUCCAUGGCACACAGUCAACAUUGAUUUUUUGGGACCUUUAUCAACAGGGGAAUAUUUGCUCGUUGUCAUUGAUGCAUAUAGCCGAUUCCCUGAAGUUGAAAUCGUUACUUCUACAUCUGCCAAAUCAACCAUUCCGAAACUGGAAGGAAUAUUUGCAAGACACGGUAUUCCUGAAAUUCUCAUCAGCGAUAAUGGACCACCAUUUUCAAGCAGCGAAAUUCGAGAAUUCAUGAGAGAAACUGGACCAGUACAUCGCAGAAUCACACCUUUAUGGCCUCAAGCCAAUGCUCAAGCAGAAACAUUUAUGAAACCUUUAACCAAAGCUAUACGCUCAGCUGUUAUUGAUAAGAGAAAUUGGAGGAAAGAACUAAAUCGUUUUUUGCUCAAUUAUCGUGCAACCCCACACAGCACAACUCAAUUUUCGCCCGCUCAAUUGCUAUUUAACCGAUCUAUAAACACUAAAUUGCCGCAGCUUACAACUGAAAAUACAUCAGAAACACAUCAACAUCUUGUCCAUCGUGAUUUCAUUGAAAAAGGGAAGAUGAAAGAGAACACUGAUAGAGCUCAAAGAGCCAAAGCAUCAGGAAUCGAUAUUGGUGAUACUGUCUUAGUAAAACAGCCUAAGCAGAACAAAUUAUCUACAAAUUUCAACCCAGAUCCUUACAUCGUAAUUGAAAAGAAAGGAACAAUGCUAACUGCUUAUAACGAAGGAAAAGAUCAUACAAUCACAAGAAAUAUUUCUCAUUUCAAAAGGUUUCCUAUUCAGAAAGAAACUGAAAUUGAUUCUGACAUAGACGAUGAAGAUAUUAUGGAUAUGCCAAACCGUCCAAACGUUCAAGCUGAAGUUUUGAUUCCUAGAUACCCUGUCCGGGAAAGGAGAAAUGCUAGAAGAUACGGACAAAACAUUUAUGAGACAUGA